ACGAACAGCUAUCUGGCAGCCCUGUCCAAUCAUCUGUGCGUAAAGUUUCUGGGGAAAAAUAUUUUUUUUCUGAAUGUGUAUCGCCAUUGAGAGUUCUGCAGUGUGUGCAUCAAUCUAGUUAAAUUAAACCAGGUGCUCCCGUCCCACGCAAGCGCCACCAAAAGAGGAUGACAAGUGUCGACGAGAACCCGUUCGCCGCCCUGCUCCAGCAGGGCACAAAGUCUGAUGAUGGCGUGUCCCACAAAUUGGUGGAAGAUGUGCUACUCUUCACACUGAACAAGGCGCGUGGUGCUGAGGGCACACAUCUACUGUGCCUGGCGGAUGUGGUGGUGGACACGAGCGACGAGUCACUGGGCGAGGACCUGGUAGCCCACGCGCUGUUCGAGCGUUUAAUGCUGACCGAGACGGCGCAGUACAGUGCAGGAAACGCCAGUGCCGAGGCCUUGGAGACGCGAGCCAUAUGCUAUCUACAUGGAGCCUUCGCUCGGUGUGAGCGGAUCCAGGCCGCACAGAAGGUCAACUGCUCCACAGUCAUAGCUCAGAUCCUGAACAACGCCAGCACCUGUAUGCGCCAGCCGGAUCUCUUUGCUCCGCAAUCGUUCGCCAGCCAGUGGCUGGAGCUGUUCGAGCAGGCCGAUGAGCACGACACCAGCACUCUGGAGUUCCUGGUUCGUGUGGCCUGCAAGGUUGUGGAGGAGGACGAGCCGAUCGAGGCACUGGGUGCCCUAAAGGCAAUUUUCUAUCCCCUGCUGACCGAACUGCAGAAGCUAAUCGUUAAGGAAAAUUUGGUGACGAUUAAAAAGAACAUUUUCUGGAUACUGGGCUUCUUCGUGCGCGACAAACGGGCAGCGUUGCUGGGCGAGCUGCUCAUAGAUUACACUACCCCCAACCCCAAGGCGAAAGGUGGCGAUUAUAUGGACACCCUUCUGGGCAACCUCCUGUGCAUCUCUAUCCUGCCCAAGAGCCAGGGGGCCAAGUACGAGUUCUUUCAGCAUAUAUCGCUGAACCAGACAGAUCCCGCCCUGUGGGCAGUGCUCGCGAGUCAUAGGGACUCCAUAUUCCAGCUGGUUAAGCAGCUGCUCGUGCUGUCGCCAGAGACCAAGAAGAAGACGCUUCAGUGGCUGGCCAAUUGUCUGGACGCGAAUGUGUCGCGUGGCCAUCUGUGGAGCAGCAUCCACAUGAAUCUGGAGCAAACGGUUCACAGCACUGCCAGCGAUGCGUUCAUGACGAACCUAAGUGCGGUCCUUGCACGUCUAUGCGCCCCAUUGUGUCAGCCAUCGCUAAAGGUGCUUCUCGUUGAUCCCACAUACUGUGCCGUGGAGGACAAGGAUCGGCUGGCCAAGGGCGUUAGUCUGCUGAAAGCUCGUGACGAGACCUGCCUGCUUCCGACCCCAGAAGGCGAAGAGCGUCUAACGGCCGAGAAGUAUAAUUUCGUGACCGAAAUAUUCUUCAUGACCCACAAAUGCUUCGAGCUUGCGAAUCGGCCUUGCCUCGAGCGUCUCAGUCGGGCAAUGCGCGAACUGCAGAACACACAGACGGCUUACGAGGAACUGGUGGGCAGCGAUCCCAACAACGAACUGACCAAGAACCUCUCUCGCACCUUGCUUGAGCAGAUGCAGCAGGUUCUCUCCAUCAGGAAUUCGCUUUCUGAACCCACCAACGACAGCGACGUGCUGAAGUUCUUUGAGGCCUCUGCGAUCUGGCUCACAGAGGUGGCCAUGCUCCCACGUGAGAUCUACGAACAGUGCGUAGAUAAGCGUGACUUUUCACCGCAGAUACUGCGCAACUUGGAGCUCCUAUCGGACACCCCGCCCUUUGUGGCGCCGUACAUGCAGUCGGUUCCGGAGAGCAUUAUUGACAAUAUUGCAACGUAUUUAAAUUUCUGCCGGCGCCUCAACACCGAUCUUUACAUCCACAUGUACUUUGCCGCACACGACGCCUUCUUUAAGAUGAUCCUGCUCUUCAUGGGCAGCUCAGACCUGGUUAAGAAUCCCCAUCUACGCGCCAAGCUGGCGGAGGCGCUGGAGUUUCUGGUGCCCACACAGAUCCCGGGAAGCAAUCGGCAGAACUUCAACACACGUGUCUUCGACAAUCACCCGGAUAGGCAGAAGGUGGUCCGCAGUCUGCUCAAUGUUUUUGUCAGCAUCGAGAUGACCGGGCAGUCGGUGCAGUUUGAGCAGAAAUUCAAUUACCGAAGGCCCAUGUAUGCCAUAAUGGAGUUCCUCUGGACGAAGCCGGAGCACGUGCAGAGCUUCCGGGAUCUGGCCACCGAGGCGGAGGAGAACGUGGAUGCCAUUGAGCCACCCAUUUUCCUGAGAUUUAUUAAUCUGCUGAUCAAUGAUGCCAUCUUCUUGCUGGACGAAUCCUUGUCGAAUCUGGAGCAGAUUAAGCAGCUCCAGCUCGCCCAGGCCAAUGGUGAGUGGAACGGCCUGUCGCACAACGACCGGCUGCAGCAGGUGACGAACCUGCAGCAUCUGGGCAUGAUGGCGCGCUUCGACAACAUCCUCGGAAGAGACACCAUCAACAUUCUGAAGCUGCUGACCACGGAGAUUAGAAGCAUCUUCUGUCAUAACAGCAUGGUAGAUCGCAUUGCCGCCAUGCUCAAUUACUUUCUGCUGCACCUGGUGGGUCCGAAGAAGGAACGCUUCAAGGUGAAGGACAAAAAGGAGUUCGAUUUUGAUCCUGCAGAGACUGUGCUCGAGAUCUGUCGCAUCUACAUCAACCUCAGUAAGGAUGACAGUUUCUGUCUGGCUGUCUCCCAGGACGGACGCUCCUAUAGCGACCAGCUCUUCGACUAUGCCGAGAACAUCCUCAUCCGGAUUGGAGGCGGCCAACUGAUCGGGGAUAUGUCCGAGUUUGCUGAAAAAGUGAAGCGAAUGGGUGCCCAGUACAAAGAAGAGCAGGAACUGCUGGCCGACGCUCCUGAAGAGUACCUGGAUCCCAUUAUCUCCACACUGAUGACAGAUCCUGUCGUGUUGCCCAGCUCCAAGGUCACGGUGGAUCGGUCCACCAUUGCUCGCCACCUUUUGAGCGACCAGACGGACCCCUUCAACCGGGAACCGCUUACCAUGGACAAGGUCAAGUCCAAUGAAGCCCUCAAGCAGGAGAUUGAGCAGUGGAUCGAGGGCAGGCGGAACGAGGCCCGCUCGAAGAGCUGAGGGGCCUCAGGAGCCGGAGGGGCAGCAACAGCAGGAGAGGCUGCUGUCCAACCAAAGAAAUAGCUACAGACUCUAAUAUGCUUUUCUCCGUUAUAAUGAAUUCCAAUCCCAGCAUUGUAUCUAGUGUGUGUCUUCUAUUAUUGUACAGUUCUUCUUGGUUUUUUGGUCUAAUAGGUCGAAUAAACGGUUCUAUAUUUUCCACUGUGGUAAA